AUGGCUUUCCCCUUUCCCUCACCCUUCAAGCUCCCCCUCCCCCGUCGCUUCGUCUUCCUCGCCCUCUCCGCCGCCAUCCUCGUCCUCUUCCUCAACCUCUUCGCCCCCUCCUCUCUCCCCUCAUCCUCCUCAGACGAACCCUCCUAUUUCUCCACCGGAAAAUGGCUUCCAUCCAUAUGGGAUUCCGAAGCUGUGAUCGACCGACCGGCCGAAUUCGACGAGGACGGCCAGUGUCUCUUCUUGUCGCCCUAUGACGCCUUGUCGGCCGAGGAGAAACGGCGCGCAGAGUGGCUCGUACUCGAAGAAGUAUCGGCGGGUGUCGUGCGUGCCAAGCCAGGAAGCGAGGGGGGAAGUGGGAAUGGCACAAGACCGGAAGGGACGAGCCACCCGAUCUUGGCGUUGCUCAAAGCGGGCGAGGAAAAGUGGAAGCAUAAGAUGAGCAGUCAGAGUCAGACGAUCGAAGAGGCGACGGAAAAGUAUAUCAAAAAGUGGAAUCGGAAUCCGCCAAAAGGGUUUGACAAGUGGUGGCACUUUGCAAGCUCGGUUCAUGUGCUCUUACCGGACGAAUACGAUGCUAUCAUGACGUCCCUCCUCCCGUUCUACGGCCUCCCCAUCAAGACCCUCCAGGACCGCCUGGUCGAGACCGAGACUAUCCCCGAAACAUUCACCCUCAUCGUGCACGACGGCAAGGUCGAGCUGGAAUGGAACGACAACUACUCGCGCGAUACAUGGUGGGCUAGUCGGCCCAGAGCGGAUAGUCAGAUCAACCUGAUGGAGCCGUUCUUGGAUUUGCUUCCCAGUUUCAGGGCGACUUUCACAAUCCAUGAUCAGCCAACGAUGUUACUGGACUAUGCGAGGCAGCAGGAGCUCGUCAAUGCCGCCAAGGCAGGAAAGGUCUCCAACCACCCAAACGAGGACGACCGAUUCGAGCAGAUCUGGGAGCGUGCUUGCGCACCUGACAGUCCACUUGUCAAGGGCGUGAAGGAGCUCCCCGAGACCGAUACCUUCAUCUCGCGUCAUGCGGCCGCUAUGGAUAUCUGCCAACAUCCUUCGUACAUGGAGAACCACGGUAUGCUCCUCGAAGCACACGACGAAAACAUGCACCCAAAACCACACACCAAGCUCUACCCCAUUCUUGUCCCGUCCAAGACGUCUCUGAAUGGCGAUAUCCCCGUCACCCCUAUCGGCCGAGAUGGGCGCCGCGAUGACGUCGGGUUUGACCCGGACUGGAGCAAGAAGAUUGGAAAGGUCUACUGGCGCGGCCUCGCCACCGGUCUCAACCACAACAAGAACUCUGGAGCCAAAUGGCGUCAAUCUCACCGCGAACGCCUCCACUUCCUCGCCAACGAUCGUACGAGCGCCAACCAGGAAGUACUGUCCGCUAUCGGCAAUACCGGCGAAACCGAGUUGGGCCGAUACCCCAUGAAACAGCUCGGUGAUUUCUACAUGGACAUGAAGCUGGCAGGGGGCAGUUGGCAGUGCGAUUGGGACGACGGGACGUGUGAUGAGAUGAAUAAGGAGAUUGAGUGGGCGGAGAAGGAUGCGAGUGAGAAGAGUAACGAGUACAAGUUUGUGUUUGACACGGAUGGGAAUGCUUGGUCCUCCCGUUUCCCGAGGUUGAUGGCCAGCAACAAUGUCGUCAUCAAAUCAUCAGUCUUCCCAGAAUGGAAUACUCAGUCCCUGCCUGAGUGGUACGCCUACGUCCCGUCAAAGAUGGACUACUCGGACUUGUACUCUAUCAUGGCUUUCUUCCGCGGUACACCUUCCGGCAAGGGCGCGCACGAUGAGGUCGCUCGGCGAAUAGCGCUGAACAGUCAAUGUUGGGUCGAGAGGACAUGGAGGAGAGAGGACAUGCAGUCAUACAUGUUCCUACUGUAUCUCGAGUACGCCCGGCUGGUUUCGCCCGAUAGGGAUAACGGCAAGAUGGUGAGUUCCCCAGCCGACCAUGCAUUCAGGGUAAGAUUCACGGGCUCAUGA